AUGGCCCCUCAUACUUUAGCAGGAACUCUAUUUACAGUACAAACUGUGACUGGAAUUUUAGCAAAUUUUUCUCUUCUUCGUCAUUAUGUGACCCUGUGUGUCACUGGGUUUAGGUUCAAGUCCACAGAUGUCAUAGUUCAGCACCUGGCUGUAGCCAACUGCCUCAUCAUGUUUUCCAAAGGAAUCCCACAGACCAUGACAGCACUUGGAGUAAAACAUUUCCUUCAUGAGUUUGGAUGUUUAUCUGUUCUUUACAUUUAUAGAGUGGCCAGGGGUGUGUCCAUUACAGCAACCUGCAUACUCAGCGUCUUUCAGGCCAUCACGAUGAGCUCCAUCAACUCCAGCUGCAAGAAGCUUAAAAAAAAAGUUUCCCCGUAUGUUGGUGUCUCAAUUUUCCUUUGUUGGAUCCUAUAUAUGUGUGUAAACUUAAUUUUCCCUCUGUACAGCCAUAGCAAAUGGAAUUUCAAAAACAUCACAUGGAAUCGAGACUCUGAGUACUGUUCUGCAGGACUUCAGAAUGGAAUCACAAAUUCAUUGUAUAUAGUGCUGGUAUUGUUACCUGAAGUGUCAUGCUCGGGACUCAUGCUCUGGUCUAGUAGCACCAUGAUUUGCAUUCUACACAGACACAGGAAAAAGAUGCAACAUAUCCACAAGACAAGGCUCUCCUCCAGACCCUCCCCUGAGACCAGAGCAACCCAAAGCAUCCUGGCCCUGGUGUUCACCUUCGUAUUUUUUUAUACACUCUCAUCCACCUUUUAUGCUUACAUUGCCACCUUUAAUAUUUCCAGUAAGUGGCUAACGAACACCUCUGCCCUAAUUUCUACAUGUUUCCCGACCAUCAGUCCUUUUGUUUUAAUGAAUCGUGAUUGCACUGUAACAAGACUCUGGACCAAAUUCAGAGCAUCUGUCAGAUUCAUGUCACAUUUGUAUUUCUUCACAAACUUCAGAUUUAUACAAAGACCAAUAUGCAAUUCAAUAAGAAAGAUACAAGCUUCUUAA